GAAGUGAGGCGAUGAGCGUUCUUCAGAGCAAAUGUAGAUGAGAGUUUCACAUGGGGUGUAACCCCGUGCGUGUGUCGUCAGGGAACCACCAGCAAAACGAAACGACGUCGAUUAUAAAAGUGCCAAACGUCAAAGUCGCGAAUGCCUGGCCACACUGGAGGGGCGAUUGCAGACGACAGAUGGAACUUUUCAACUCCGAAACUGUGGGAGGAAUCCCGCGGCUGCUGGAAGAGAGUUCAGAGCUGGACAGCGAUCCGCAAAUCAUCCCACAUGGCACUAAACCAAACAGAGCCCUACAUCAAACGGUGUUUGUCAACAGAAAUCUGAAGCUGGAGAGCAUAAAGUGUUUUGGCUUCGACAUGGAUUACACCUUGGCAAUGUAUAAAUCUCCUGACUUCGAGAGUAUGGGCUUUGAGCUGAUCAGGGACAGAUUGGUGUCCGUCGGCUAUCCUCACGAACUCGUGCGCUACAAGUAUGACCCCAGCUUCCCAACGCGUGGUCUAGUGUUUGACACCAACUACGGAAACCUGCUCAAAGUAGAUUCAAACGGAAACGUUCUGCUCUGCAGUCACGGCUUUAACUUCCUUCCCAGAGAGGCCAUUAAGGACUACUACCCUAACGAGUUCAUUCAGAGAGGCAACAUCGAUCGCUUCUAUACCCUUAACACUCUCUUCAAUCUCUCAGAGACGUAUCUCUAUGCUUGCCUGGUAGGAUUCUUCACCCGAGCAAAGAGAUACACAAACCAACUAACGGGUUUCCAGCACGGAGACCUCUUCAUGUCCUUCAGAACUAUAUUUCAUGAUGUGAGAGAUGCCAUGGACCAUAUUCAUGAAACGGGCAUUCUGAAGGAGAGGACCCUGAAGAAUCUGGAUAAAUUUGUUAUUAAAGAUCCAAGAAUUCCAAUACUUUUGUCGAGAAUAAGGGAGGUAGCCAAAGUAUUUCUGGCCACCAAUAGUGACUAUGGAUACACUGAGGCCAUGAUGAAAUACUUGCUGGAAAAUGACACAAAGCCUGGUAGGCCCCAAAAAAACUGGCGUUCGUUCUUCGACCUCAUCGUGGUGGAUACGAGGAAGCCCCUGUUCUUCGCAGAGGGCACCUUGCUGAGACAAGUGAACACGGACAAUGGGAUGCUCCAUAUUGGGACUUACACUGGGGACCUUCAACAUGGAUCUGUGUACUCCGGAGGCUCAUCGGACAUCAUCAUUGACCUGCUGGACAUGAAGGGCGAGGACAUCCUCUAUGUGGGAGACCACAUCUUCGGGGACAUCCUGAAGUCUAAGAAACGUCAGGGCUGGAAGACCUUCCUGGUGGUCCCCGAGCUCAUUGACGAGCUGAAGGUGUGGAAGGACAAGAGAGAUCUGUUUGAAGAGCUGAAGCAUCUAGACAUCUACCUGGCGGAGCUCUAUAAGCAUCUGGACAGCGGCAGCACAGAACGCCCGGACAUCAGCUUCAUUCAGACCCGGGUGAAGGUGGUGACCCACAAGAUGGACUCGUCCUACAGGCAGAUGGGAAGCCUGCUGCGCAGCGGCUGCAGACAGACUCUGUUUGCCAAUCAGCUGAUGCGGUACGCAGACCUGUACUCCUCCAGCUGCAUGAACCUGCUACACUACCCCUUCAGCUACCUGUUCAUGGCCCCGCCCGUCCUGAUGCCGCAUGAGUGUUUAGUGAAGCCCCAGGGUGACUCCCCUGCAGUACAGAUCGCCCUCACCAACUACAUCCGCAAGAGCUGCUCCGACAAGACCAGCGAGCAGAGCAGAACAGAAGGCUCCGAGGAGUGAGGUGAACUUGCUGUAUUCGCUAUUUAAAGUUAACUUAUUGUGCCACCUGCUGGAUACAUAUUCAUAUGUAUAUCAUGUUUACACUAUUUAUACCGUGUGGAAUGUAAUAUAUAUAUAUAUGUGUGUGUGUGUGUGUGUAUGCGUGUGUGUGUAUACAUACAUUACAUUGUGUGUAUUUAUUACAUAUAUAU